AUGGAAAACGACGUCGAACCACCGCCGGAGCAUAAGCUGUGCGGUUAUGUACUUGCAGUUCUCUCCAUUGAGGGAGAUCCCAAUUUGCUUCCUCUCAAUUCCCUCUGCCGAAUCGCCGGGGACCCCCAAAACAUCCACUUUGUAUCGCAAGAUGAUGUUGUAUUAACACCCAUUGGUAAACCAGGACCUCCAAAUUCCAAAACGACGCCGUGUGCGGGGUCCUUCUCGAAGAGGCGGUGGAGCAGAAUUGGAAUGGUUCACGGGUCUAUAAGCGUGGUGCACCAGAUUCGUGCCCUUGUGAGGCAUAAGUGUGUUAGAAUUUUGGCGAGGGUGGUCAAAAUUGCAGUGCGGGAGAGUGAAAUUGAUGGUGAUUGUAGGGAGGCUAGGGCUGUUGUGUUGGUGGAUGUUUACUUGCCUAUAGCCUUGUGGUCUGGUUGGCAAUUCCCCAAGUCGGCUUCCACUGCUGCGGCUCUUUUUAAACACCUAAGUUCUGAUUGGGAAGCUCGAAGUAUGAUGCUCAAGUUCGACAAAUUGGAACUUGUAGAUAAUUUGAGUAUUUGGAACGUCAGAGACUGUCAUGUCUUUGGCUGCAAACAGCAUUGUAGUCUUCCUGACGGUUCUGAGAAAAAGCCUUUUGAACUCCAUGAAAUUUUUAAGAGUGUACCCAGUGUGACAAAGAAGGUAGACCGUGAUUAUUCAAGAGUAAUCCCAGCCGACUCAUCCUCCAAAACUGGUAUCUGGGUGCUAUCGGAUGAUAUUUUGAUCAAUAUUUUAACUUCACUUCGCCCAGUUGACCUUCUUAGGAUUUCUUUAACAUGUCAUCAUUUAAGGUAUUUGGCAGCAUCAAUCAUGCCAUGUAUGAAACUUAAACUUUAUCCUCAUCAGCAGGCUGCUGUUGAGUGGAUGUUACAGCGUGAGCGGGAGUCUAAAGUCUUACAACAUCCUUUAUACAUGGACUUCAAAACUGAAGAUGGGUUUGAUUUCUAUAUGAAUAUGGUUUCUGGGGAGAUUGUGACUGGCGUUGUACCCACGAUUAAGGAUUUCCAUGGGGGGAUGUUUUGUGAUGAACCUGGAUUAGGUAAGACUAUAACUGCCCUUUCACUCAUUCUGAAGGCACAAGGGACAUUGGCAGAACCCCCAGAUGGAGUACAAGUGGUCUGGUGUAGGCAUGAUGGGUAUCAGAAGUGUGGUUAUUAUGAAAUUAGUGGGAACAAUAUAACCAGGGGCAGGGUCCCUGCUAUUAACAAAAUUGUGGGUCAGAAAUCUCGAAGAGGGCAGUUAUCGCUUGAUGAACUCACCCCAAGGAAGAACUCAAACUGCAGUGCACAAAAAAUUCCCACGUUACUUGAUUCCGCUGAGCGAAUUUUGGAAUCAACUGACUACUGUUCUAGUAAAAGAAUCAAAUUGUCUACAUCUGCUUGCUUGACACCUGCAUCCUCUGCUGUGUACACCAGGAGCUGGAGUAAUGUGAAGAGAAAUCUUCUGAAUGAAUACGAGGAGUCGCCACUUCCUUCUGAGAGAAAAAAGGUUAAGAAAUGCUUAAAAAAUGGAAAGCAUGUCUCAAUUACUCAAAGGAAAAGUCUGAGAAACCAAGGUGGUUUGUCAUGUGAGUCAUCAUUCAUUAGGAAGAGGGAUAAGGAGACCACCACAGACAAUUUUGUAAACAACGAAUCGUGGGUCCAGUGUGAUGGUUGUGGCAAGUGGCGGAAGCUUGCAGAUGUAAGUGUAGCAAAUACUAAUACAGCAUGGUUUUGUAGUAUGAAUACGGACCCCUUGCACCGGAGUUGUAAUAUACCUGAAGAAUCCUGGGAUUAUGGGGAAUCUAUCACUCACCUACUUGGGUUUCAUACAAAGGGAACCCUUGGGGGGAAGGAUGAAAACAUAUCGUUUUUCAUUAGUGUUCUCAAGGAGCACUACACAUUUAUGAAUUCGGAGACAAAGAAGGCCUUGACUUGGUUGGCUAAACUUUCACAGGAUGAGCUAUCAGAAAUGGAAACAAUUGGGUUGAUGAGCCCGAUCGUAGGAAACUCACUGUUCAAUACUAGUGUUUCUCGUGAUUUUCACAAAAUAUUUCAAGCUUUCGGCCUAAUUAAGAGAGUUGAAAAGGGUGCUACGAGAUGGUACUACCCAAGAACUCUUUUGAACCUGGUCUUUGAUCUGGAUUCUCUUAGAAUUGCUCUGUGUGAGCCAUUAGAUUCGUUUAGGUUUUUUUUAUCAAGUGCAACUUUAAUUGUCGUCCCUUCAAAUCUUGUUGAUCACUGGAAAACUCAGAUUGAAAGGCAUGUCAGACCAGGUCAAUUGAGAGUUUAUGCAUGGGGCGAUCAGAAAAAACCCUCUGCACACUGUUUGGCUUGGGACUAUGAUAUCGUAAUAACUACAUUCAAUCGUUUGAGUGCUGAGUGGGGUCCUCACAAAAGAAGUGUAUUGAUGCAAGUUCACUGGCUUAGAGUCAUCUUGGAUGAGGGGCAUACUCUGGGAUCUAGUCUCAAUUUGACAAACAAAUUACAAAUGGCUGUUUCAUUGAGUGCUACUAAUCGCUGGUUGUUAACGGGUACUCCAACUCCCAACACUCCUAACAGUCAGCUCUCGCAUCUUCAGCCCAUGCUCAAGUUCCUUCAAGAAGAGUCUUAUGGGCAGAAUCAGAAGUCAUGGGAAGCAGGUAUUCUCAGGCCAUUUGAGGCAGAAAUGGAAGAGGGCCGGUCACGCUUGCUGCAGUUACUUCGUAGAUGCAUGAUUAGUUCAAGGAAAAUAGACUUGCAGGCAAUCCCUCCUUGCAUCAAGAAAGUAACAUAUUUGAAUUUUUCCGAAGAACACGCAAAAAGUUAUAAUGAAUUGGUAGAAACAGUGCGGCGUAAUAUUUUAAUGGCUGACUGGAAUGAUCCUUCACAUGUUGAGAGUUUACUCAACCCAAAACAAUGGAAAUUUCGGGCUACUACUAUUAGAAAUGUACGGUUAUCCUGCUGUGUGGCUGGACAUAUCAGAGUAUCGGAUGCUGGCCAAGAUAUUCAAGACACUAUGGAUAUCUUAGCUGAGAAUGGUCUAGAUCCUAGUUCGGAGGAGUAUCUGUCAAUAAAAUACAAUCUUUUAUAUGGUGGCAAUUGCAUGAGGUGCAAGGAAUGGUGUCGUUUACCUGUCAUUACACCUUGUAGGCAUCUUUUAUGCCUUGACUGUGUUGCUUUAGACAGUGAAAGGUGUACAUUCCCCGGAUGUGGCAACUUAUAUGAGAUGCAGAGUCCAGAAAUAUUAACUCGUCCAGAGAAUCCCAAUCCAAAGUGGCCUGUUCCAAAGGAUCUCAUUGAGUUACAGCCUUCAUACAAACAGGAUGACUGGAAUCCUGAUUGGCAGUCGACAACUAGCAGCAAAGUUGUGUAUCUUGUUGAUAAAUUAAAGAAAUUUCAGGAAACUAAUAGGAUCAAUGGAUACUCCAGUGACCAGAGAGGGGUACACGAUUCUCAUGAACUUCAUUUGUCCUCUGAGAGAAGCUAUUUCAACCCAUCAUUAGGUCUAGAAGCUUGCAGUAGAUCUGGAAAUGGUCAGACGCUUUCGGAGAAAGUUAUCAUAUUUUCUCAGUUUCUUGAACAUAUACAUAUUAUUGAACAGCAGUUAAAUGUCGCCGGUAUCCAGUUUGCUGGAAUGUAUACUCCAAUGCAGGCUAGCAGUAAGAUGAAAUCACUGGCAACUUUCCAGCAUGAUGCAAAUUGUAUGGCUCUUUUGAUGGAUGGAAGUGCAGCAUUGGGUCUUGAUCUAAGCUUUGUAACACACGUGUAUUUAAUGGAACCUAUCUGGGAUAAAAGCAUGGAAGAGCAGGUUAUUAGUCGUGCUCACCGGAUGGGUGCUACACGUCCUAUUCAUGUGGAAACAUUAGCAAUGAAUGGGACAAUUGAAGAGCAAAUGUUGAAAUUUUUACAGGAUGCUGGCGAAUGUAGAAGACUGUUGAAGGAAGAGUUUGGUACAAAUGAUCUUGAUGGGACGAGAUCAUAUCGCACAUUACAUGAUUUUGCCGAGAGCAAUUACUUGGCUCACCUCAGCUUCGUGCGAACAAAUUUCAGGAUACAGAGUUACAGGCACCGAAGUUCUAAUGGGCUUUUGGAGAAAGAGAAGGGACAUGAUUGGUAA